UAAGAGAAAAGUGUGGCGGAAACAUACGUGAGGCAGUUGUCAGUUGUCCCAGAAACAGUGUAAAGGAGUAGAAAAAUAGGCGCGGUGUUCAACGGUACAUUUACACCUGUGAUAGAGAUGAACGGACUAAAACGAAGAGGUAGCUAACAGGAUAAGUAAUAAAAGAUACACAGAGAAUCUGUGAGAACGACUGAUGCGCAUAAAGAGCUGUUCUUGACUUGGAAGUGUUGAGCUGGAGUAGCGGGAGAAGUCGGCAGCAUGACCCAACAAGGAGCCGCGAUGCAGACGUACAACAACGAGCUUGUAAAGUGUCUGGAGGAGCUGUGCUCCAAGCGGGAGGAGCUGAACCGGCAGAUCCAGCAGGAGGAGGAGGAGAAGGCGCGGCUGCAGCAGGAAAUUCGCGUCCUGACGGACAAGCUGAGCCGCAUCAAUGAGAGCCUGGCCCGCCGGCUGGCCGCCCGUGCCGACUUCGACCGCACCAUCGCCGAGACGGAGGCGGCCUACAUGAAGAUACUGGAGAGCUCACAGACCCUGCUGAGUGUGUUGAAGAGGGAGGCAGGGAACCUCAGCAAGGCCGCAGACCUGUGACAGACAACUAAGCUGACAGACCCUCUACAGCCAGCUCUGACAACGCCCCAAACUCCCACUACGCCCCAAUGAAGCCCCUGAUCCCCAGUGACUGCCCGCAAGAACACAGCCUUCCCUGUCAUGACUGCUGUCACCCUCUACUCACCUAUUUA